AGGCCCAAGGCCCCUGCCGAACGGCAGCGGCCGGCCGAACGGCGGGUCCCAGAAGGGACGGCCACCAGAAAACGUGUAGCCCGGUUGUCGCGUUCUCAGGCGUCGCAGCCAUGGCGCAGCCAGAAGAGAUGCAAGACAAGAUUAUGCAGCUGAAUAGCUUGCAGAUCUGGACGAAGAUCAGUGACGGCGACCUGCACUUGGUCACGUUCAAGGAUGUCCAAGAGCUCUUUCACGUCAUGGACGACAACAAGAAAGGCUUCGUCUCUGGAUCAGACCUGAUGAUGUUGCAAGCCGUCGCCGGCGUGAAGCUCUCGGAGCAGGACCUGCGAGAACUGGUGCGGGAUGCUGACAAAGACGGCAGCGGCAACAUCUCGGCUGAAGAGCUUUAUGACGCCAUUACCAAAGGUGCCAUUGCCUUCAACGUGGUGAAGGAGAACCUGCGAAAAAAGGAGGUGGAGUUGAAGUCGCACCAAUGCGAGCGAGAGAAGCUGAUUGAAUGGAUGAAGUGGGAGUAUGAGACCAGCACUGCUUUAUGGUCUCUGCCCACGGUCAUUGGCACCUGCGUCACUUUCGCUCUUGUGGCAAGUACCCACAUCGACUUGUUUAGCGCCUUUCGAAUCCAUCAGGGGAUGGAGGCGAACUUCCCGUCGAUCAUCAACGUCGUGAAGUACAAAGUCGUUGACAUCAGAACCACCAACAUCUGGACCAGGCAGUGGUACAUUCCCACCAUCUUCCGUCAAGACCCCGCCUAUGAUCCUGUUCCCGGCCGUGUCACUGCCAUGAACCAGAUGAUCUUCGGCGCGCGCAUGUCCAAGUUCUACCGGGACCCCGUGCCGUGCCCCGUGAAUGAGGUCAUCCGUGAUGUCUACAAUUCGCGGAGCGGCAGUUGCUACUACCACGGCGAGCUCAAGGAGAGCUCUGUGGUCUUCCCGUAUCAUCUUGCGCAGCCUGUUCUUUUGGACAUGUUCGAGAAUAUGACGCAGAUACCCUGGCUGGAUGAGGCUGUGGCAACAAUGGAGUAUCAGAUCUUGACUUACAAUGCGAACCUGAAUCACUUCACGUUGUACAUACAUCAGUUCAUCAACGACCUGAACCCCGAGAUCAGACACAGGUUUCAGCACGAGUCCUUUAUCGCGGAGCCAUAUCUGUCAGGUGCGAGCUUCAUCCCGGAUGUGCUCUUGCUCCUGCUGUGCCUCAGGUCUGUGUACCUGAAUCUCAAGGAGCUCUUACCAGCUGUGAUGGCUGGCCUGGACGGCUUCCUGACCUACAUGACUGGUUGGAAAGUGGUGGAGUGGACUUCCAUCAUCUUCUCGAUGGCCUGCUUCGGCUUUUGGAUGAGCAUCAACAUGGAGCUCAGCGUAGAUCUGCCCAGGGUCAUCGCCGCGUAUCCCAAAGGAGAACUUGAUGCAGCUAUCCGAGAGAAGGGCCACUACCUGAGUCUGGAUGAGCUGGAGGAGACGGUGAGCAUGGAAGAUCUGGUGCGUCUCUGCGGAGACGUGAUGAGAGUUGGCUCGAAAAUCCGCGACGAGCACGAGUUGAUGAGGACUAUGUUUGCAGUGAACUUCAUUGCCUUGAUCUUCCGGUUCUUCUUGUCCUUCCAGGCCAACCCCCGACUGGAUAUUGUGGUGCAGACGCUGGUGGACUGUACGCCCAACGUGGCGCACUUCUUCAUCGUGUUCUCCGCGAUUUUCACUUGCUACGCCUUCGCGGGCCACUUCCUCUUCGGCGGCAUCAUGGAAGGCUAUUCCACGGUGCUGGCCUCUCUCUUCUUCUGCUACCGGGGCUCUGUGGGCUUCGACGUGCUCAAAGAGAUGCCGGUGGGCGAACAGGUGUUGGGCUACAGCUGGGUGCUGUCGUAUCAGCUGCUGGUGUCAUCCUUGAUCCUCAGUAUGCUGAUUGGAAUUGUCUUCGGCUCCUAUUACGCUGUGCAAGGAGCAGCAGGCCAGCCGCAGACGCUCUGGGAGCAGGUGAGGAAGGCCAUCCAAACCGCAGCGGAGACGAGAAACUUUAUGAGCCUUUGGACCUUGAUUGUCCUUCUCGAAGAUGAUGACUACCCGGCCCACCCACAGAAGACGGUGACGGCGUUGUCCUUGAAGAAGGCCUUCGAGAAGGAGAAAAUGUCAAGACAGAACGCUGAGUAUUUGCUCCGGAAGACUGUAGAGUAUGCCAAGGAUCGCCUGGAGCAGCCUGUGCUUGACUUGCCUGACGCGGUGAAAAUCAUCGGCAACAGUUUCAAUGUCAUGCAGAAAAAUGAGGAGACUCUGGAGCAAUCUGCCAUCCUCUUGCAGAAGAGUGUGGGCAGUGACAGUCUGCUGGUGGGCAUGCGCAAGCAAGAGCGGCGGGCCAGGACACAGGAGCCCACCGCGCCGAAGACUUCGCUGGAGAUCCUGGAGAAAGGUGUGGAAAACCUCGAUGAGAUGCUGGCCGACCUCAAGUACUCGCAGGAGAGAACGAUUCAGAUCAUCUCCACCAAGCUGGAAGAGGAGCGGCACGCAACCCUGGCGCGUCAUCACAGGCUGCAGGGCCUGCUAGAGGAGUUCAAGGGCCGGCUGGUGCGGGGCCAGCGGGGCAUCUCGAGGCUGAAAUCCUUUAUGGGCGCGGCGGACUUUGCCAGCAUCCAGCAUAUCCCUGAGCAGAUGGAGAACGACCUGAUGCGGUGCUUCGGCUCGCGGCCGGCGCUGGCGCGAGAGAUGCUGCAGCCCAGUCAGGUGAACAUGUUGGAGCGCCAAUGUCGCGAGAUCCAGCAGCAGCUUCAGGACGUCUCGGAGGAGUUCCGAAGCUUGACGGACUGCCAGCCCACCCUGUGGGACCUCACCAUCAAGUGUAGAAAACUGAAGGCCCUGCCUGAGCAGAGAGUUAGCUUCUGACACCGGCAUCCGCAAUGGAAAAUGCUGUGUCGCAUGAGGGAAAGCCCAUAUUGAGCAGGAAUUUAGGUGGAC